AUGUCUGGUACCUACCUGUUUAACCUAGAUGCGCGUAGACAUACGUAUGCAUGCGUGAGUGGUGCAGCAGAGCAGGUGAGUGGUGCAGCAGAGCAGGUGAGUGGUGCGGCAGAGCAGGUGAGUGGUGCGGCAGAGCAGGUGAGUGGUGCAGCAGAGCAGGUGAGUGGUGCGGCAGAGCAGGUGAGUGGUGCGGCAGAGCAGGUGAGUGGUGCGGCAGAGCAGGUGAGUGGUGCGGCAGAGCAGGUGAGUGGUGCGGCAGAGCAGGUGAGUGGUGCGGCAGAGCAGGUGAGUGGUGCGGCAGAGCAGGUGAGUGGUGCGGCAGAGCAGGUGAGUGGUGCGGCAGAGCAGGUGAGUGGUGCGGCAGAGCAGGUGAGUGGUGCGGCAGAGCAGGUGAGUGGUGCGGCAGAGCAGGUGAGUGGUGCGGCAGAGCAGGUGAGUGGUGCGGCAGAGCAGGUGAGUGGUGCGGCAGAGCAGGUGAGUGGUGCGGCAGAGCAGGUGAGUGGUGCGGCAGAGCAGGUGAGUGGUGCGGCAGAGCAGGUGAGUGGUGCGGCAGAGCAGGUGAGUGGUGCGGCAGAGCAGGUGAGUGGUGCGGCAGAGCAGGUGAGUGGUGCGGCAGAGCAGGUGAGUGGUGCGGCAGAGCAGGUGAGUGGUGCGGCAGAGCAGGUGAGUGGUGCGGCAGAGCAGGUGAGUGGUGCGGCAGAGCAGGUGAGUGGUGCGGCAGAGCAGGUGAGUGGUGCGGCAGAGCAGGUGAGUGGUGCGGCAGAGCAGGUGAGUGGUGCGGCAGAGCAGGUGAGUGGUGCGGCAGAGCAGGUGAGUGGUGCGGCAGAGCAGGUGAGUGGUGCGGCAGAGCAGGUGAGUGGUGCGGCAGAGCAGGUGAGUGGUGCGGCAGAGCAGGUGAGUGGUGCGGCAGAGCAGGUGAGUGGUGCGGCAGAGCAGGUGAGUGGUGCGGCAGAGCAGGUGAGUGGUGCGGCAGAGCAGGUGAGUGGUGCGGCAGAGCAGGUGAGUGGUGCGGCAGAGCAGGUGAGUGGUGCGGCAGAGCAGGUGAGUGGUGCGGCAGAGCAGGUGAGUGGUGCGGCAGAGCAGGUGAGUGGUGCGGCAGAGCAGGUGAGUGGUGCAGCAGAGCAGAUGAGUGGUGCGGCAGAGCAGGUGAGUGGUGCAGCAGAGCAGGUGAGUGGUGCGGCAGAGCAGGUGAGUGGUGCGGCAGAGCAGGUGAGUGGUGCGGCAGAGCAGGUGAGUGGUGCAGCAGAGCAGGUGAGUGGUGCGGCAGAGCAGGUGAGUGGUGCGGCAGAGCAGGUGAGUGGUGCAGCAGAGCAGGUGAGUGGUGCGGCAGAGCAGGUGAGUGGUGCGGCAGAGCAGGUGAGUGGUGCGGCAGAGCAGGUGGGUGGUGCGGCAGAGCAGGUGAGUGGUGCGGCAGAGCAGGUCAGUGGUGCAGCAGAGCAGGUGAGUGGUGCGGCAGAGCAGGUGAGUGGUGCGGCAGAGCAGGUGAGUGGUGCGGCAGAGCAGGUGAGUGGUGCGGCAGAGCAGGUGAGUGGUGCAGCAGAGCAGCUGAGUGGUGCGGCAGAGCAGGUGAGUGGUGCAGCAGAGCAGGUGAGUGGUGCGGCAGAGCAGGUGAGUGGUGCGGCAGAGCAGGUGAGUGGUGCGGCAGAGCAGGUGAGUGGUGCGGCAGAGCAGGUGAGUGGUGCGGCAGAGCAGGUGAGUGGUGCGGCAGAGCAGGUGAGUGGUGCGGCAGAGCAGGUGAGUGGUGCGGCAGAGCAGGUGAGUGGUGCGGCAGAGCAGGUGAGUGGUGCAGCAGAGCAGGUCAGUGGUGCAGCAGAGCAGGUGAGUGGUGCAGCAGAGCAGGUGAGUGGUGCAGCAGAGCAGGUGAGUGGUGCGGCAGAGCAGGUGAGUGGUGCGGCAGAGCAGGUGAGUGGUGCGGCAGAGCAGGUGAGUGGUGCAGCAGAGCAGGUGAGUGGUGCGGCAGAGCAGGUGAGUGGUGCGGCAGAGCAGGUGAGUGGUGCGGCAGAGCAGGUGAGUGGUGCAGCAGAGCAGGUGAGUGGUGCAGCAGAGCAGGUGAGUGGUGCAGCAGAGCAGGUGAGUGGUGCAGCAGAGCAGGUGAGUGGUGCGGCAGAGCAGGUGAGUGGUGCAGCAGAGCAGGUGAGUGGUGCAGCAGAGCAGGUGAGUGGUGCAGCAGAGCAGGUGAGUGGUGCGGCAGAGCAGGUGAGUGGUGCAGCAGAGCAGGGCACGGGGUGUGUGGGUGCUGGACUCGCUGUUGAUAGCCUGGUGCUGGUGGUGGGGCGUGACGCCAGUAGCCCUACUGUAGAGCACAUGGGUGAGGUGACAGGGCAUGGGGCGUGCCAGUGUGGUGGUCGAGGUAGUGGAGGGGGAGCGGGCCCCAUCGCGAAUGGCAACAGGGGGUGGCUGGUGUGGAGUGUGACCAGCAGGGAGAGAGAGUGCGGGCUUGUUGUUAGUGGAGGGGGAGCGGGCCCUAUCGCGAAUGGCAGCAGGGGGUGGCUGGUGUCGAGUGCGACCGGCAGGGAGAGAGAGUGCGGGCGGGAGAUUGUGAACGUGCUCGAUGAGUGGUGUGACAAGCUGGAGGCUGGCAAGGCGCAGGGGGAGGGGGAGGGGGAGGCACGGACUGGGGAAGGUGCAUCUGCAGGGAAGGCGAAGGGGGGUUCGUCCAUCGAUGCGCUGCUGGCGAAUGAAGUGGCAGCACUCAAGAAACAGGUGCGUGCGUGUGGAGAGGGGGUUGAGGAAACAGGUGUGUGUGUUUUGCAGCGGCUCACAGCACAAACACCCAUCACUUCCCUCUCUCGCAAUCCUCUUUUCCCUCCCUCUUCCUCCCCUUGCCCCUCGUCUUGUCCCUCCCCUUGUCCUGAACGCUCUCACCUGCCUCGGUUCGUGAGUGUGGAGUCUGGGUGCAAGGCACUGCUGUUCGUGAGGAUUAGAGAGGAUGCCAGGAAGGGGGGGAAGGGAGAGAAGGGAGGAAAGCAGUUGGAGGAGGGAGAGGAGAAGGAGGAGGAGGGUGAGAAGGAGGAGGUGGGGAAGACGGAGGAAGGGGAAAAGGAGGAGGAGAAGGGUGAAGGAGACAAGGAGGGGAAGGAGGGGGAUAAGGCCGGGGAAAAGGAGCAGGAGAAAGAGCAGGAGGAAGAGGUUACAGGAGGAGGAGAGAAGGAACCGGAGAAGGAGGGACAGGGAGGGGAGGGGGAGAAAGGGGAGGCAGGGGGGGAGCAGGGAAGGGUGUCGCCGUUGGGUGUGGGGCAGUGGGUGUGGGGCAGUGGGUGUGGGGCAGUGGGUGUGGGGCAGUGGGUGUGGGGCAGUGGGUGUGGGGCAGUGGGUGUGAGGCAGUGGGUGUGGGGCAGUGGGUGUGGGGCAGUGGGUGUGGGGCAGUGGGAGUGA